CGCAGAGACAUGAGUAAAAGUUCUUCCACUCAUUUUUAUCUCGCUUUUUUUCUUCUUUUGGCUCAGCAGGUUCAGCUGAUCGUCCUGCUCUAACGUCUCCAGCUCUGGUUUGUUGCAGCUUGCACAGAUUGAGCCCCAAAACAAGGUGUCCUCUAAUGACCUCACAUCCUGUUUUCCCACUUCCUUGUGAAUGGACCGGUUUGGCACGGACCGGUUUGGGACGGUCCGUCCGGCCGCGGCGCAGCGUGGAUCCCGGUUGUUUCCCUUCAGACACGCUGCGGUGUUUCACGCAGGCUGCACAAAUUUUAUUCAGACACUUGGACCAUGCGGAGUCCGAGCUGCUGCUGAUACAGGAGAGGACAGGGGUCGCCUUCCAGGACCUGAGGAGCAUCUCUGCAGUGUGAUGGUGUUCAUGCUGAUAUAAGAAGCUGUACAGUUGUUGCACAUCUGACAGAAUGAAGGCCAAAGAGGUGAAGAUCAUCAACCAGGACCUGGAGGACGAGAUGGAGGUGUGGGGGUACCAGCCCUGUCUGUGGAAGACGAUCCUGGUGGGUGUGGGGGCCGUUUGCUCCGGUGGUCUCCUGCUGCUGCUGCUCUACUGGCUGCCUGAGUGGGGGGUGAAGAGCACCUGCACACCCGCCUCACUGAGAGACGCAAAAACGCUGCUGCUCAGGACGACGGAUGAGUUUAAACAGUGGUUUCGGGCCAAAGUACAUGUGAUGUUGGCUCCCGGAAGGAAACCCUUUGAUGAUUUGGAUCUGCUGUCAAAAACCCAAAUACCAAAUGGAGAUGGAGACCACAUUCCCAGCCACUCGAAUUCAGAGCGUCAUGGGAACUUUCCUCAUAGGCAGCCUGCUCAGAUCCAGUACUUUGUUCACCACAGCACUAAAUACUACUGGAAUGAUGCGAUGCAGAAAUUUGAAGUGUACAAAGGCUUGGAGGAUGUAAAGGUGACCUGUGCAAGCAUCCACUCUGAGCACAACUCUGGGCUUUCUAAAGCACUGCAGGACUACAGGAGGUUAUUUUUCGGGGAGAAUGAGAUCGCUGUAAUAGUGCCCUCUCUGUUCAAGCUCCUCGUUAAGGAGGUCCUGAACCCCUUUUACGUCUUCCAGCUCUUCAGUGUCAUCCUGUGGAGUACUGAUUCCUACUACUAUUACGCGUCAGCCAUAGUUUUCAUGUCCAUCAUUUCAAUAGUUACCUCAUUGUACACGAUUAAAAAGCAAUAUGUGAUGCUUCGUGACAUGGUGGCGGCGCACAGUGUGGUCCGUGUUUCAGUGUGCAGAGGAAAUGAAGAUUCUGAACAGGCCAUGUCAACGGAGCUGGUGCCUGGUGAUGUCAUCAUUAUCCCAGCAAACGGGAUGAUAAUGCCCUGCGACGCCAUACUCUUCAACGGGACCUGCAUUGUAAACGAGAGUAUGCUGACAGGAGAGAGCGUGCCAGUCACCAAAACCAGUCUGCCCAGUUCAGGGAAGGAGGCAGUUAGGACCUAUGAUAUAGAGGAACACAAGAAACACACACUGUUCUGUGGUACCCAUGUCAUCCAAACCCGCUUCUACUCUGGUGAACUUGUGAAGGCUCUCGUGGUCCGAACAGGCUUCAGUACAGAGAAAGGCCAACUGGUGCGCUCCAUCCUCUACCCUAAACCCACAGACUUCAAGCUGUACCGCGAUGCUUACCUCUUCCUGUUGUGUCUGGUUGGAGUCGCAGGAGUCGGUUUCCUCUACACCAUCGUCCUCAGCAUCAUAAACAAGGUUCCAGCCAACACAAUCGUCAUUGAAUCUCUGGACAUCAUCACCAUCACCGUGCCCCCGGCCUUACCGGCAGCCAUGACAGCUGGUAUCGUUUUUGCACAGCGGCGUUUGAAGCGAAUCGGCAUCUUCUGCAUCAGUCCUCAGAGGAUCAACAUGUGUGGACAGCUGAACGUGGUUUGCUUUGACAAGACGGGGACUCUCACUGAGGAUGGUUUGGAUCUGUGGGGCGUUCAGAGAGUUGAAGAUGGCAGCUUUCAUCCGCCGGAGUCUGAGGCAGCUAAAGAAGGUCUGGUGAAGUCCAUGUUUGUGGCCUGCAUGGCAACCUGCCACUCACUGACUAAGAUUGAAGGAGAGCUGUCUGGAGACCCUUUAGACCUCAAGAUGUUCAGCGCCACAGGCUGGGUCCUAGAAGAGCCCACAGAAGAAGAAACCGCACUCCACAACCCCAUAAUGCCCACAGUUGUACGACCUCCGAAGAACUUCACCCAUGAAGCCAAUCAAAACAAUCCACUGACUCAGAACAUGCACGAAUCUUCUGCCCCUCAGUCCUGUGAGAUCGGCAUCGUGCGUCAGUUUCCCUUCUCAUCGGAGCUGCAGAGGAUGAGCGUGGUGGUCAGGAGGUUGGGGGAAAAACACAUGGAGGCGUUUUUGAAAGGGGCGCCAGAGGUUGUGACCAGCCUCUGCAAACAGCACACAGUCCCACAGAAUUUUACAGAAACUCUGGAGAGCUACACUCGGCAGGGCUUCAGGGUCAUUGCGCUGGCACAUCGACAGCUGGAGUCCAAACUCUCCUGGCACAAAGUCCAGAACCUCAGCAGGGACGUGCUAGAAACCAACAUGGAGUUCCUUGGUCUGAUCAUCAUGCAGAACAAAAUAAAAGAGGAGACUGCUGGUAUUUUAUGUGAACUACGACACGCCAACAUCCGCACUUUGAUGGUCACAGGUGACAACAUGCUGACCGCCAUAUCAGUGGCCAGAGACUGUGGGAUGGUUCUCCCACAUGAGAAGGUCAUCAUAGCAGACGCUCUGCCUCCCAAAGACUUCCACCCUGCCAGCAUCACAUGGCAUUACACUGAGGCGCCCACUCACAGCGUAAAAGACAAUCAGACUGUGGAGAUAAACCUGGAGGACAUAAUGUACGACGAUCAAGUUUCCCAGCCGGAGCAAAGUUACCACUUCGCUGUCAGUGGGAAAGCCUUUGCUGUUAUCACUGAGCACUUUCCUCAGCUGGUCCAGAAGCUCGUGUUGAAAGCUACUGUGUUUGCUCGAAUGUCUCCGGAGCAGAAGACUCAGCUGGUGGAAGUCCUGCAGGGCAUCGAUUACAUUGUUGGGAUGUGUGGUGAUGGAGCGAAUGACUGUGGAGCUCUGAAGAGAGCUCACAGUGGGAUUUCUCUGUCUGAGCUGGAGGCCUCAGUUGCUUCACCCUUCACCUCAUCCACCUCAAACAUCUCCUGUGUUCCCAACCUCAUCAGGGAAGGCCGAGCCGCCCUCAUAACAUCGUUCUGCGUCUUCAAGUUCAUGGCUCUCUGCAGCAUCAUCCAGUACCUCAGCGUCACCCUGCUCUACUCGAUUCUCAGCAAUUUGGGAGACUUCCAGUUCCUCUUCAUUGACAUCGCCAUCAUUCUCAUCACUGUCUUUACAAUGAGUCUGAAUCCAGCGUGGAAGGAGCUGGUCUUGCGUCGCCCCCCGUCCAGUCUGAUCUCUGGUCCGCUGCUCUUCUCAGUCCUGACCCAGAUCCUCACCUGCUUGGCCUUCCAGGUCCUGGCUUUCCUCCUGGUUAAAGAGCAGAGCUGGUAUGAAAUAUGGACACCUCAGUCAGACGCCUGCAAUGUUUCCAGUCCCUCUCCCAGCGUCAAUGAAACAAUCCCUCAUGACCAUAAAAACAUCAAGAACUAUGAGAACACCACCCUCUUCUACGUCUCCUGCUUCCAGUAUUUGGCUGUAGCCAUCAUCUUCUCUAAAGGGAAACCCUUCAGACAGCCGAGCUACAAGAACUGGUCAUUCAUGCUGUACUGCCUGGUCAUGUAUUUUUUCCUCUUCUUCAUCAUGCUGUAUCCGAUUCCUGCCAUCGACAGCUUCCUGGAGCUCGUGUGUGUUCCUCAUGACUGGCGUGUUACUGUGGUCGUCAUAGUCAUCGUUAACGCGCUGGUGUCUUUCCUGUUCGAGAUUUUGAUCCUUGACAUCAUCUUGUGGAGGCUAGUUUUCAGAGGCAAUGAGGGGGCAAAUCGCCCCGCAGAGUCCGCCUCAGCCGACACGCCGCAGACGACCAUUGACCGCUGGGGCAGGCCCUUCCUCACCUGGCUGUUCUGUCGGAGAAACAAGCCACCCAGAGUGCGCUACAGGCAUCUGGCUCUGGAGCUGCAGGAAGACACCGACUGGCCUCCUAAGCCGUCCACAGUCACCUACACCAGCACUCCCACCUCUCUGAGCCUUACAUGACUGCCGACCAAAGCACAGCACAGACUGAACCUGGAUUCCCAGUAAGCUCGUAUGUUGAGUUGACAUCUGAUGUGACUGAUGAUGCAUUCAGAGGCUGCUGGAUUCCAGUAAGACAGCCUUCAUAAAGAGGAGGCCUCCUACUCUACCACCUGACUGACACUGUGAACAUUUCACACACAAAGUCCUCUUUAUUUUCGAUUCACUUCAUCAAAACAGACGAACACCCUUCAGUCGGAUCUUAGCUGUACUGUUCUAUCAAGCUGCUGAAAUUCAGCCACAGGAUUGCUAAAGGAGUAGUUCAUCACUGUGGAACAUGCAAUUGUUUGCUUUGUUGCUGAAAGUUAGAUACUUGAGCCGGUUAAUUUAACUUGGUACCAGAGCUGGACACAGGGAGAACCAGCUAGACCGUCUCUGUGCAAAGGUAAAACAAAACAACAUCUAGGGUUCACUCGCUAAGGUGCCAUAAUUAAUCGCUUCAUGAUGAUGAUUAGAUUGUAGAUUAGCCCAGCAUUCCAAAUCUCAUACUUGUUUUUAAUUUCAAAGCAUACUGCAGCUGCCCUUACAAAACACGUACUGUUGUUUGCAGUAUGCAUACAAUACAGCUGAGACAUACUACUUAACCGUAACGUUGUGGCUUAAACACUCUUCUUAUGUUCGUUGCAGUCUGUGUGAAUCAGUCUCGUUGUGACACGUUUUUCACUCCACAGAGAAUAGUGAGUCAGAAUGUCCAGAAAAGCACGCUGGAUGUUUUUAGGAUGCUGCAUUUGAUGUACUGUGUUUAGGGACGUAGCAGAUCUUUUUUUGACAUGCUACGUAGUGGGGAUGUCCUGGGCUGAUGUGAUAGAUUGGGGCCUGUUAUGGCAUUUGUUAAGUGAUCAGCAUAGACACAAAUCUCAGCCCAGUACUUCUAUACAGCAGCUAGGGGGAGGGAAGGGGGAGCACAAGCUGUAGUGCAACAAGUGGAACAAAAACUUUAGCUUUGGUUGGAGGACAUUAAGCAUCAUAAAGGCCUCUGUCAUGGUGCCCUUUGCCACCUAAACUCCCACAGUCAUUUCUGCUUGCCAACACUGAACUGCUAAUAGUUUGAAUAAAUUCAGUAUUAAACAGCAAUACGGGGCGCUUAGAGACAAUCAGGAUGAACAGGGGUUAUAGUCCUUGACGCAGCGGCCUGGAUUUGAUUCCUGCUCAUGGCCCUUUGCUGCAUGUCUUCCUCCGUAUUCUUCUCCCUACUUUCCUGUCUUCCUCUUCACUAAUCUGUCCAAUAAAGCCAAAAAUGGCACCAAAAAAAACAGCAAUACAUUCAAUCUGGUGGAACAUUGAUGUACUGCAGCUAAUCUACAUUACACUUCCUGUCACGCAUAUAGAUAACACAGUUUCCAUCUUCUCUUGGAGCCACAGUACACCGUCCCCUCAUUUCAGAGUGUCCUUUACAACAAGAUUUAUGACUCCCUGCGUAACGACAAAGAACAGCCUGAAUGCAGAAAUAUAUUUUCCUCUUAAUGCAAAGCGGAGCUGCUCAGUUGUCAAGUGAAUACACUGGAUUGACUUUAAUGGCUUUAAUGUACUUGAAAUGUGUAUCUUAUGGGAAAAUGGCAUCAGAUUAAAUAAGUCAAACUUCUUAAGGACAUCCCUACUACAUAAUGUGGUGGUAGGAGGAUGUACUGCAGCUGUUUUACUCUUUCCAGCCUCAGCUAAGAAGGUGCUUUUAAUCUUCUCGUUUAGCUCUCAGCAAAAACAAACCAGUAAAUAUGUUUUGUAAAAUGUCUUUAGCUGUCUUAACCACUGGCCUACAAAAUGCAGCUACGACAUGACACACUGAUAUGGACUUGUCAGAUUCCGUUGUUUUAAGUUUUGAUUAUGAUCCACUUUUUGAAAUAUCCAAAUCCAACAAGGUGCGUUUUUUUGUCACUCACGUUCAUCAUGCAGCUCCAUUUAUUCACUUCCAUUAGCUGCUGCUAUAACAUAAUAAUUGUAAAAUAGUGAUACAUCUUACAAAUUCAAAGAAACAAGAGACACUUGCAUCUAUUAAGGCAAUGAGUGUGACUGGUGCUGUUAUAUUUCUCAGACAGAAAACAUUCCAGUGCUGCAUUUCUUUUUUUAAAGUUUCUUUGGUUCAAAUUCUUCCUGUGGAAGAGAGAGGCAGAAAUUACUGUGUCCCUUUUUAAAAAACAAAAAUUGUAAUUCCAGUGCCACUGUGUGUUUGUGUGUGAAAGAGAGUGUGAAACUGUAUCAGAACGAACCAUUUCAUUGUUCCUUGAAUGCAUCAGAAAUAGUUUGUAGUUUUUGACUGUCUUUUUCAAGAUAAUGUGUGAAAGUUUGAUUAAUUCCACCAUUUAACACUAGGAAGGUACUGUGCAUAGCUGAUGUUUUGAUUAAUUAAUGCAUUUAAAUUAAUCAACAUGAAUCAUUGAGACACUUGCUGCUGUGACAAUUUUAUAACAGUCGAUUUUAAAUGUCAGAUUUUUAGAUUUUUUUUCAUGUAACUUUUGUUAAUUACUGUUGUAUAUAUUUUUUAUAGUCAGUCUGACAAAAAUUAAAUCAAUCCAAGAAUAUGAAUCCUGUAUUUACUGGAAAAUAGAGCAAGCUUUUUAAUUGUUAGUACAGUUUUUGUACUUAUUUCCCAAUUUCUACAAUAUGAGAAUUGUUUUUUUUAAUACGUUCACAAAUAUUCCAGUGUUUGCUCUGCAGAACUUCCAUUACAUUUCCCAAUAAAUCUGUAUAUUAAGCCA